GGCAUGUAGCAUACUGUCUAACGGUCUGUGAGAGCAGUUGACUACUGGCUUCAGCGACUUCUGCUCACUCUCUGCUAAGUUUCCAAACAAGUUAUCAGAGUUUUUUUAAUUCAUUGCUCUCUUGCCGCUCUGCUGUUGUCUGGAUAACAUGGCCAGCUCGGGACUUCAGCUCCUCGGUUACUUCCUCGCACUUAUCGGUCUCGCGGCCACUGUUGCCGCUACUUUGAUGGUUGAAUGGAAGAAGCAGUACCAGGGCAAAACUUACCGCAUCUAUGAGGGCUUGUGGAUGAGCUGCAGUGGCAAUGAGAGAACAACCUGUGAAUUUCACCAGUACCUCCUGAAGCUGCCACCUGAGGUCCAGGCUACCAGGGCCGUGAUGCUGGUCAGCGUCUUCCUCUCCUCUGUGGCGCUGAUGGUCUCAACCGUGGGAAUGAAAUGCACCCGCUUCAUGGACGGCAAAGCUGAGUUCAAAUCCGCAGUAGCUAUGAUUGGAGGAAUCAUGUUCCUGAUUGCAGGUUUAUUGACCAUUACCAUGACUUCCUGGUAUGUCAAAAUGAUUGUCCAGAAAUCCUAUGAAUACCAUAGCCUGACCAGUGCUGAGUUUGGUAAUGCCGUCUUUGUCAGCUGGGCUGGCGGCUUCUUCACUAUGGCUGGAGGGGCUUUCCUAAGCUGUCGGAGAUGCUCAGGGUCCCAGACUGGGUCCAUCAGCUCCAACCACCUCCUCCCCACCACCCACCCUAAGUCAAACUACGUCUAGUGGAGGAGGGCAGGGGAGAGGCCCUGAUACAGUCAUUUCAGCGGUGAAUUUACAAACUGGAGCAGGUUGUGUUUUUACGAUGUGGAAAAUGCCAAUGCAGGAUUAUAAAUACUACCUAUCGAACAUGAACACAGUUACCAGGAUCAGAAUUACACACACGAUCAGUCUGUUUGUACUGACUUUAAAUCCCAGUUUAUAGCUUGAGCUUUUCUAUUUU